UCUCCAGUGAGAGCCAGUUUCACGCCACCCGCCACCACCAAGCCCAAGACGCUGCGCCUCACAGCAUGAAGAGCAAUGAAGGCGAGAGGAAGGGAGUGAGGGGGACAGAGGAGGAGAGAGAGAGGGGGGAGUGAAGUGUGACAGAUUGAGAGUGGCGGAGGUGGAAGGAGAGCAUACGGAGAGGGAGUGAGUGCGAGCGAGAGACAGAUAAUUUUCUAUGUAAAUGUUGUUGUUUCGUGUAUGCAAUAAAGCUGUCAUACUGUGACCUUCCUGCCUCUAAAUAUUUCUCCUUCACAUUGUGGUGUCACCUCGUUUAUUAUGAACACGAGUUAUUCUGUUCAUCACCCCACUCAACCUGUCCUUGUGUAAAUUAAUGUAUAUUCAUUUUCCUCCACCUCUCUGGCUCGUCUCAGAAUAAAUGUUUUCCUCUGCUCCCAAAAUGAGAGUAUUCAUGUAAUUUUCUGUCUCUUCGUUAUUUCCGUCCUCAAAUACGUUUCAUCUUCUUUUUUUUGCUGUCCAUUUAAUUGAACGAGUUGAAAGCGUAAUAAGCAUUUCAAUAUCUUUCCUACAGUCUCCCUCCGUCCUCCUCCACUCGCUCUCUCUGACUCUACAUGUCUCUGUCGCUAAGGCAACCAAUGCCUUUUCCGACUCGCUCUCUAUAUCUCCCCCUUUCUCACUGUCUCGCUCAUUCCCUCUCUCUUCAGCCAGAGAGAGAGAGAUGAUCGGAGGAUUGGGGGCUCAGUGAACAGAACGAAGCGAUGGAGAGAUGCUCCAUCUCUCCUGUGAAACGACUGACCACCCUCCGCUGCCUUUUCUUCCUCAUGGUUGCCGCGGUGAUGCAACCCUCAACCUGUAACCGUGACGAUGAGGGCGAGGGGAAGGUGGAGGCCCUCUCGGCCCAGCUGUCCGUCCCAGGACAGGUCACACCCACCCCUAUUUGGUCCGUGGACUGGGGCCCCACACUAGCCCUGGAGGACGAGACGCAUCACAUCCUGUCCAGCCAGGAAACGGACCUGCACCACCAUGGCCAUGAAGUCCCCACGACAACCGCCGAGACCUGGCCGCAUCAUCAGAGUGCACCGGGCAGCGCUUUGCCCCAGGAGCCCUUGGACCUGCUGAAGGCCCCGGACACAGAGGGAGCGGAAGAUGGAGGAAGUGAGGCGGAGGAGAGAGAGCCUGAAGAAGUGGACCCUCAGUUCUACGUCACAGUGACCAUCUCCUCUCUGCUCAUCCUGACUGCUGUCAUCAUAACGGUCAAACUCUGUUACGACCGCAGCUGUUCCCAGCACCCACCCCCGCUUUCCCGUGGCGUGGCCCCCCCCCCCUCUCUCGCCCUCCCUCGUUCCCUGGCUCUGGAGGACAGCCGGCAGACGAUGCGCGGCACUCCCUCCUUUACCGACAGGGAGAGGAUCCCCGUGGUGAACCUCUAAGGCGAACGUUUUCGAUUUGAUACACAUUCCUAUGGGAUGCGACGGAGAACAUCAACAAAGCCAGAGGGUGUGCCCACCGUGGUCUUCUAUUUAUCUUUGACUGUGAAAAUGAAAAUCAGGAAAGCAGGUAUCCAGCCAUGGCAAAACCUCUUCUUCCCUCCAUCCCUUCCUCCCGAAGGAGAAAAGCCCAAUCUCACCCCUUCCUUCCUGCUGCCAUCCUCCUGCGCCUCUUUUCUCCACUUUUCUAUGGCUCUGUGUCACUGUAGACUGACCAAACCUUCCGCUCUGUUUUAUAUUCCGUUGUCUGUACUGCCCCAGGCUGUAGCAGCAACACACGCACAGGUCCCUCCGCUUGAUCUGCUUUGACUAAUUCACAAGCAAACAGUGUUAGGUAUCAAUAGAACGUUUUAGUCCCGCCGGUGCCAAAACCGCAUAGCUAUAUGGGGCUAUUUGGAAUAUUUCAUACAGCUAUCUUGUGUAGCUGAACUUUGAACUAUGAUGGAAUAGUGGACUUAGUUAUUGAAACUUGGUUGAAAGUGAAAUAUGUGUGUUAUCUGAAACUGAAAUAUAGGUGUUCAGCUAGCUGGUGAAGGGUUAAAAACAACCCCUGUUUCCUCGGACUGAAGGGGGUAUUUCACAAAGCUGGUUGGCAAUGUUGUUGCCAGCCGCCAAUGUACUUAACACGACACGGUCCAAAAAUCGCUGUUUACUCCCGCUUGGAAGCUUGGAAUGCAAAUAGGCCCACUGCAGCUUCCACAUUCGCAAUGUGUUUUCUGGGUGUUUUUUUUAUUCCCUAAACUGUAUUCUUCGUUUGUUCCUUUAAUUUUCUUGCUUCUUUGCCGCCACUCUCUGUUGUGCAUUUGUGAGUGUGUUAUCUUGUCUCUGGAGCAUGGGGAUGAGCAGGGUUUAUAUAUUACUGCUCUAUAUAGGGUUGUGAAAUUCUGUCAUUUUCCCAAAAUUCCCAGAAAUCCCGAUUGGAAGAUUCCUGGAAUUAGGAGGGAAGGAAAUACAGGAAUUUUCCAACUGGGAUUUCUGGAAAAGCAGGGAAUUUAGGGGAAAGUUAUCCUUGUUGUAUAUGAAAAUAGUGGUGCAAACAAUGUACAACACGUUUGCAUAUAUUGCAAUCAGUACAAUCACACGAUACAUGUGGUACAAUCAAUGGUGGUGUCAGGUAAACAUAAUGGGUAUAAAUGCUACAGUCCAGAAUUAAUGAGUCAUUUUACCAUCAUCUGUUGUUUUCUGCUCCGACUUCAAAGCUUAAACUAGUGUUUACUGUAGGAUCUUAGGGUAAUGUACCUGUCCAACUCGACCACCAGCUUCGAGCAAUUACCCUCUGGACUUCCACUACACUAGUACACAUAGUACUGUGACGUCAUACGUGACUCGUGUCGUUCUGCAGUCUAGUGUUUCUUGGUUCCCAAUAGCAUUCCUGUAGACGUGUGGCUCCACUGUACGGAACAACAAUAAAAACUCAACACUGGUGUUUUA